AUGAGAGAAGGUAGCACUGAAGGCAGUGCUCAAUUGGCUGAGAAUUGGCAGCGGAAUCGGAAAGGCUAUAUUGUUGCCGUCAUUGCUUCUUUGCAUCUGAUCUGCCUUCUCAAUGAGCUAUACCUUGAAGCCGCACAAAUACGAUUUCAUGCCGCCACACGUUCGGAGUGCUUUCGUCAGACUUGCCUUUACAUCUUCGCAAUGGUGGCACAAUCGGUAAUGUUUUUCAUGAUGGCGGUGGACUACUUGCUGGCUGUGGCAAUGCCUUUGAAGCAUCUCCUUCUCUCUUCGGUGCCAUAUGUAUUUUACAUGUGUAUUCCAUCGUUUUUACUGGCGUCUUUUACCAUUGCCACCUCAGUAUUUUUCAUGAAUGAUGAUCCCCUUGAUUUCUGCACGCCGAUCCAAGCUUUACCACAAAAUGCAGAGUGGUUGACGUCCGUCGUUAACGUUUUGAACAUAGGUGUUUUGAUAGUACAUCUGUCCGUAAUAGCAUUACUUGGUACUAGCAGACGGAAUAGGAAAGCGCUCACACCAAGAGGACAACAAGAAUCAGCUGAUACUCGUUCAAUAACUUCUGAAGAUAUGAAGAUGAUGAAGUCUUUCACGAUGUUGGUAACCGUUUUCGUGUGUUCAUGGUGCUUUUCUACAAUCAUCACACAUAUCGCCCUGAAAUAUCUCCCAUCUGGUCUUUCUCUAGCUGUCCAAACUUACACCGUGAUCCUCGCUCUUCCCACGUACUGCCAAUGCUACUUCGUCAGCUACAUUCUAUCACCUCGUCAUCGUUCAGCAUACCGUAAACAGCAAAGGAUUCUAUUCCCAUGCCUAUUUAGGACAAGUGAAAGGAACGACCCAACAUGA